AUGGCCUCCGUAGCAAUAGACAGAAUCACCGCCGACGGCGUCAACGUCUUCUACCGCCAUGCUGGCCCCGUAGACGCGCCAGUCAUCCUACUCCUGCACGGGUACCCAGCAUCCUCCUUCAUGUUCCGCAACCUCAUCCCCCUGCUAGCCCUUUCCUACCGCGUCAUCGCCCCCGACCUCCCAGGCUACGGGUUCACCGAAGUGCCCGCCGAGCGCGAGUACCAGUACACCUUCGCCAACCUAGCCGCCACAGUCGGCGCCUUCGUCGACGCCCUGCACCUCACGCGCUUCGCCAUCUACAUCUUCGACUACGGCGCGCCCACCGGCCUGCGCCUCGCCCUCAGCCGCCCCCACGCCGUCUCCGCCAUCAUCACCCAGAACGGCAACGCCUACGCCGACGGCUUCGGCGAAGCCUUCUGGGCGCCCGUGAAGCGCUACUGGGAGACCGGCUCCCCCGCCGACCGCGACGCCCUGCGCCCCGCCCUCACGCUCGCCGCCACCCGGAGCCAGUACCUCGACGGCUCGCCGCACCCAAAGGCCGUCGCGCCCGAGGCCUACCACCUCGACCAGGCGCUGCUCGACCGCCCCGGCAACAGGGACGUCCAGCUCGACCUGCUGUACGACUACCGCACCAACGUCGCGCUGUACCCGGCGUUCCAGGAGUAUUUCCGCCAGUCCGGCGUCCCGAUCCUCGCGGUGUGGGGGAGGAAUGAUGAGAUCUUUGUGCCGCGGGGGGCGGAGGCGUUCGGGAGGGAUGCGCGGAGGUUUGAGCUGAGGUUUUUGGACGCGGGACACUUUGCGCUGGAGACGAAUGAGAGGGCGGUGGCGAGCUUGAUUGAUGGGUUCGUGAGGAGGUAUGUUGGAGAGGGGUCGGGGUAG